AUGGCAAUUAUGGCGCAGCUCUUAGCGAACGAAUUAUUAAUAAUGACUUUUAAAGAAUUAUUAAAUGAGACAAGUUUUGAAUAUAUGAGUUCUAUUUAUACAGUAUGUAAAAAAUGGAAAAAUUUAAUUGAACUUGUUUUGAUUGAAGAAAUUGAAUUUAGAUUAAAGAACAAACUAUUAAUUGAGAAAUAUGAAAUUAAAUCUGAAAUUGAGUGGAAUCAUAAAGAUUGUAUGUGUAUUUAUACCAAGGAAUUUAUUACAAUUGAAAAAUUAAUUAUUUCAUUAAAGAAAAUGUGUAUUAUUUUGGAUAUAUUGGAUGAAAAGUUAAAUACUGACAAAUAUCAAUAUAAAUGCAUAACUAAAAAACGUAUGUUUAGCGCAACUUUAUUUGAUAUUGAUUAUAUUGAUUUUGGUGAGGUUUACGUGGGUAAUAUCACUUCCCCAGUAACACAAAUUUUCUACCCUACGUGUCCUAAAAAUAUUCAUCAUACCCACCUCACCGGUCACGUGGGUAGAACUGUUGGUGUUACAACGGCAACGGAAAAUAAAAAUCGAUAA